AUGAAACCCGGGAAACCAGAGAAACUAGGGAAACCAGGAAAACCAGGGAAACUAGGGAAACCAGGGAAUCCAGGGAAACCAGGGAAACCAGGGAAACUAGGGAAACCAGGGAAACCAGGGAAAAACCAGGGAAACCAGGGAAACCAGGGAAACCAGGGAAACCAGGGAAACCAGGGAAACCAGGGAAACCAGGGAAACCAGGGGAACCAGGGAAACCAGGGAAAUCAGAGAAACCAGGAAAAAUCUAAAAACUAA